AUGUCAUACCAUUCGGAUAUAGAAGGGUCUCCUUCUAGAACAAGGAGAAAAUCGAUAUUGGACUAUGGUGGCGCGAACUCCAUCAACAAUUUUGCAUCCUCAUACACAAGGGCUCAGAAGCAUCUAGGCUCAGAUUUGUUCGCCAAUGCCAUCGAAGAUGACGUCUCCCCCAACACCUCACCUCUCAUUGGAGCAGUGGCAGACGGUAUCGACGAGCAAUUUGAAUCUCUCAACGGAAGACGGUCAGACUCGGGAAGUUACCGCAGUAUCAACGAGUUCCAUUUUCCAAUCGAUGACCAAAUAAAGGGACAAUCUUCACUGCGGACCAGUCCGUUUGGGAGUGCCUCCAAUGCAACUGAGCAGUCAUCGUUAUUAUCUUCAUCUUCCGACCACAGGAAACUGGCCACCGUGUACGGUAGUUCCACUUCUGCCCAGACCAUCUUCAAUGCCAUCAACUCCAUCAUGGGGAUGGCUAUGCUUUCCCUUCCAUUUGGUCUCCGCUUAUCUGGAUGGAUUUUGGGAAGUUGCAUCUACUUGGCCAGUGCCGUAAUCACUAGUCAUACUGCAUCCAUCUUAGGGAAGAUCAUAAAGAGAAACCCGCAUUUGAGAUCUUACAGUGACAUAUCAUAUCUUUAUGGAGGUAAAUGGUUCCUGAUUUUGAUCACUAUCAUCUUCUCACUUGACUUGAGUGGUGCCAGUUUGUCCUUGAUCUUACUUUUCAGUGAUUCGUUCAAUAUUUUAGUGCCUGGUAUCGCCAAGUCAGAAUGGAAAAUGAUGAUAGUGACUUCUGCAUUCUUUUUGUCCUUCUUACCACUCUCCUUCCUUUCUAUUAUCAGUUUGAGUGGGAUUAUAUGUACAUUGAGUGUAAUUGUUGUGUUUGCCAUGUGUGGGGUGUUUAUUGACGUUAAGCCUGGAUCCUUACUAAACCCCGAACCUACUAGUUUCUACCCUGUGAACUUCAUGAGUUUAUUGUUGACUUUAGGGAUAUUUAUGGCUCCUUGGGGAGGUCACCCAAUGUUCCCAGAAUUGUACAAAGAUAUGAAGAAACCGGCAAAGUUCGAUAAGUGUGUGAGAGUGACGUUUUCUACAACCUUCAUCUUGUGUUACUUGCUUGGCGUGAUUGGUUACUUGAUGUAUGGGUUGGGUUCUCAAGAUUCUAUCAUCAAGAACGUAUUGAGCAAUGACAAAUACCCAAAUCUGAUAAAGAAUUUAUUCUGUUUAUUUAUGGGAAUUCUUCCAGUGUCAAAAUUGCCGUUAACAACCAGACCGUUAAUCACAGUGUAUGAGAGUGUGUUGAACGUGCAACCCACAACCAAGAAACCCGGUGUACAACCCCACAACAUUAAGAAAGUUAUCCUUAGGUUUGUUUUCUGUUGUGUAUUGUUGGCCGUGUCUCUCCUAUUCAGUUCUUUCGGUAAAUUAGUAUCGUUCUUAGGUAGUGCAAUUUGCUUCACUAUCUGUAUUACUUUACCCUUAAUGUUUUACUUGAAGUUCUUCAAUGACGAGUUGAGUUGGUCCCAUAAGCUUUUAUUGAAGGUUGGAAUUGUUUUGUCUAUGACAGGUGCCAUUGCUGGAACAUAUGCCUCGAUUAGCAUGGAUAUUCUGUAG